UGCCCGCCCGCCUCCCAGGCGCAAGGCCUGCCGCACCCCGUCAUGCUCGGACUCCUGAUCCCCAGGGAUCUGGCCGUAUUGUCCCCGCGGCGCGCAGCGCGCUCGUCCGAGAUCGCCAGCGGCCCCCGCGCGCGCACCCACCGGGCUCCAGGAGCAAGCCCGGGGCGCCUAGGAAACCGUCGCCAGACGCCGCCGCCGCUGCCCUCCGGACGCCGCUGCGCGCCGGGUUUUUCUUUCCUUUUUUUUUUUUUUUCCCCAAUCCUGAUGGGAAGGAAGGUGACCGCCUACUUCGCAUUCAUCAACUCUCAUCACAACAACAAAAAUCCUGGAGCAAAGGGCGGCCAGCAAGCGCAAUCGGUGGCGAGGGGCGGAGGACGAGAACCCCCCGGCAGAGGUCCACCUCCGGGCGUAGUGUGUGGACACAGGGCUGGGGGCGCUGACCAAAGAUGUCCUCGGAUGCCGGCCCGGUGUCCUUCGCCCUCCUCCUUCUCCCGGAGUGGCGCAGUGAGGCGCGGGCACGGCGCCCCAGCCAGCGGCCGCAGAUACUUCUCACUACAAAUCGGCUCUCUCCGGGGAUUAGCAGCUACACGAAAGUGCAUACUGGCGCUGCGGGCAGCCGAGGGGGCCGGGCAAGGCAGACACUCCCCGGCCCAGCCCCGCGCCUCCCUUGAGACUCUGGGGACGCGCAGGGGUCCCGCAGCCGGUGGGGUGACUUCACCCUCCUUCCUUCUCCUCCCCUUCCACGUGGGGCACGCCACGUGGGGAGACGCGAGCUCUAGCGGGCCUCGGCACGGUCCCCGGGGUAGCCCCGGCUCGAUAAGGCCCCCACCACGCCCGCUCAGCCGACCUGCACUCUACUCGGCCCCGAGGCUCCAACUUCCUCCAGGGCCCCGCGCAGGCCACGGGUGCCGUCCCAGGCUCGUGAGGUCAGGCGCGGGCCGGCCACAGGGGGCACUUGCGCUCCCAGAUCCCAGAUCCGGGAGAGCGAGCCAGGGAGGUAGCGCUGGCUGCGGGGCGCGCGGAGACUGGUCUAUGUGCUGGAACUUGCCACGAUGUGUUCGCUACGAGAAGCCAACUGUUUUUACACAUUUAGAAAUGUCUUUCUGUUGUCUGGAUGUCGCUGGGGCUAUUUUGAAAGCCUUGCCUCGGUCAGGUCACCAGGCUCUCUAGAGGCCUUGCG